CCAACUACUUGAUCUGCCAAAAUGGAGGAUGAGGUCGCUGCUCUCGUCAUCGACAACGGUUCCGGCAUGUGCAAGGCUGGCUUUGCCGGCGAUGACGCUCCCCGUGCCGUCUUCCCAUCCAUCGUCGGUCGUCCCCGUCACCAGGGUGUGAUGGUUGGUAUGGGUCAGAAAGACUCCUACGUCGGUGACGAGGCUCAAUCGAAGCGUGGUAUCCUCACGUUGAAGUACCCCAUUGAGCACGGUAUCGUCACCAACUGGGACGACAUGGAGAAGAUUUGGCAUCACACCUUCUACAACGAACUCCGUGUCGCCCCUGAGGAGCACCCCGUCCUACUCACUGAGGCUCCCCUGAACCCCAAGGCUAACCGUGAGAAGAUGACCCAGAUCAUGUUCGAGACGUUCAACGCACCCGCCUUCUACGUCGCCAUCCAGGCCGUGCUCUCCCUCUACGCCUCUGGUCGUACCACCGGUAUCGUGCUCGACUCCGGUGAUGGUGUUACCCACACCGUCCCCAUCUACGAAGGUUUCGCACUCCCCCACGCCAUCCUCCGUCUCGAUCUUGCCGGUCGUGACUUGACCGACUUCUUGAUCAAGAACUUGAUGGAACGUGGUUACCCAUUUACCACCACCGCCGAGCGUGAAAUCGUCAGGGACAUCAAGGAGAAGUUGUGCUACGUCGCUCUCGACUUCGAGCAGGAGCUCCAGACUGCCGCUCAGUCUUCUGCCCUCGAGAAGUCCUAUGAAUUGCCCGAUGGACAGGUUAUCACCAUCGGUAACGAACGAUUCCGUGCUCCUGAGGCCCUCUUCCAGCCAGCCUUCCUUGGUCUCGAAGCUGCCGGUAUUCACGAGACGACCUACAACUCCAUCUUCAAGUGCGAUCUCGAUAUCCGUCGUGACCUGUACGGCAACGUCGUCCUCUCCGGUGGUACCACCAUGUUCCCCGGUAUUGCCGACCGUAUGCAGAAGGAGCUCACCUCGCUCUCGCCGGCGAGCAUGAAGGUCAAGAUCGUUGCUCCCCCUGAGAGGAAGUACUCUGUCUGGAUCGGUGGUUCCAUUCUUGCCUCGCUCUCCACCUUCCAGAACCUCUGGUGCUCGAAGCAGGAGUACGAUGAGUCUGGGCCGGGUAUUGUCCACCGCAAGUGCUUCUAA